GCACCCUCCAUCCCCUCCGGCGAGCUCUCCACCUCCACAUCCCCCCGCAAACAUUCCACCCCUCUGAGCAUCCUUCCAUCCCCUCCCGCAAACACUUCAUCCCUCCCCGCGCAUCUUCCAUCCCCUGCGCACCUUCCAUCGCCGCCGCGCAUCGUUCCGCGCACCCUCCCUCUGCACACCCUCCAUCUCUCCACGCACUCCUCCAUCUCUUCACGUACUCCUCCAUCCCUCCGCGCACUCCUCCAUCUCUCCGCGCACUCCUCCAUCCCUCCGCGCACUCCUCCAUCUCUCCGCGCACUCCUCCAUCUCUCCACGCACUCCUCCAUCUCUCCGCGCACUCCUCCAUCUCUCCGCGCACUCCUCCAUCCCUCCGCGCAUCACUCCGUCCCCCCGCGCACCCUGCGCCUGCCCCCGCGCCGGCUGCGCCGCUCCUGCGCGGGGAUGGCGGAGCGGCCGCGUUUCCUCUGCGGCGUGGUGGAAGGUUUCUAUGGGAGACCAUGGUCAAUGGAUCAGAGGAAACUUCUCUUUCAAUGGCUGCGCCGCCGGGGGCUGAACUGCUACAUGUACGCACCCAAGGACGAGCUGAAGCACCGGCUGCUCUGGAGAGAGCCCUACACAGAGCAUGAGGCAGCCCGCAUGCGGUCUCUCAUCGAAGCUGCCCAAGAGCAGGGUGUGGAGUUCAUUUUCGCCAUUUCUGCUGGCCAGGACAUGGUGUUCUCCAGCGCUGGGGAUCGGCUUCUGCUGCAGCAAAAACUCAGGCAGGUGGCCGCCAUGGGGUGCUGCUCCUUCGCGCUGCUCUUUGACGACAUCGACCCCUGCAUGUGCCAAGCUGACAGAGACGUCUUCCCCUCCCUGGCUCAGGCUCAGGCCUCUGUGGCCAACGAGGUGUACCAGGAGCUGGGCCAGCCCUCCGUCUUCCUUUUCUGCCCUACAGAAUAUUGCAGCUCGCUCUGCUCCCCCAGCCCCAGCCAGUCCUGCUACCUGCAGACCAUCGGCCAGGAGCUGCUCCCGGGGAUCGGUGUCAUCUGGACAGGCCCCAAGGUGGUGUCCCAGGAGCUCUCAGCAGCGCUGCUGGAGGAGGUGGAGGGCGUCCUGAGGCGCCGUCCCGUCAUCUGGGACAACCUGUACGCCAACGACUACGACUGCAGACGUGUGUUCCUGGGCCCCUACAUGGGCCGUGCUCCCGGCCUCAUGGCCAGGCUCCACGGGCUGCUCCUCAACCCCAACUGUGAGCUCCAGGCCAACUUCAUCCCCAUCCACACUCUGGGCACUUGGUUCCGGAGUGAGCUGGGGGGCUGUGCCCACCCUGACCAUGCAGGAAUAGAGGCAGUGGCAGCCCUGGGGGACAGCCAAGAUGCUCAGGAUGGCAGCUACAGCCCGCAGGAAGCCUUGGAGCUGGCGCUGCAUGACUGGGUGGCAGAGAUAAACCAGCAGGCCCUGGAGCYGGGAGGACGGACCGCAGGACAGCCCAGUGCCAGCCUCAAGGGAGGACCAAGGCCACAGCCCGGCACGGAGGGAGGACAGGAGGUCACUCCCGGCCCUCAGCCCCACGACUCUGCCCCUGGUGGGGCUGAUCAGCACAGCCCCGGGCCCCGUGGUGGUGUGGCACCGGAGGAGGGGUGCAGGGAGGUGACCUCGGAGCCUGGGAAGGACAGUGGGAGCAGGACACACGCUGGUGGUCAGCAGAGCCCUGCAGGGGAUGGGGACCAGCUCGCCAYGGGGAGUGGGGACAGCAGGGAGCCCUCCUCUCCUCUGUCCAGUGAGGCUGGGAGUGCCCACUCUGCAGAAAUCCCAGUGGCCACCAAGACCCCGCACAGCCCAGGCCCCACCACGAGUUCCAGCACCAGUCAGGACCUUGCCCUGUCCACCGGUGAUGCCAGGACAGGGGGUGGCAGUCCCCCCCAGUGUCCCUGCAGUGCCCAGCCUGAGGCCAUCAGCACUGAUGUGCCCCAGACACCCCCAGAGCCUGGGGCUGGGGCCAGCCCUGGCCCCCCAGCCCCACUGAUUGAUGAGGUCAGUGCCAGUCCUGGCCCCAGGGCACCAGUGACCCCAGAGAAGGCUGAAUCGAGCCCUAGGGCACCAGUGACCCCAGAGGAGACUGGGUCUGGCCCCACAGUAUCACUGACCCCCAAGGAGGCUACAACCAGCCCCACAGCACAGGUGACCCCAGAGGAGGCCAGGACCAGCCCCACGGCACCAGUGACCCCAGAGGAGAUUGGAUCCCAUCCUGUGACAACAGGGACCCCACAGGAGACUGGAUCUGGCCCCAGGAUCCCCAAAGAUGCCAGGAUUAGCCCCAUAUCCCAGGUGACCCCAGAGGAACCCAGAACCAGCCCCACAUCCCACGUGACCCCAGAGGAACCCAGGACCAGCCCCACAUCCCAGCUGACCCCAGAGGAGGCUGGGUCUGGCCCCAUGACCCCCAAGGAGGCCAGAACCAGCCCCACAUCCCAGGUGACCCCAGAGGAACCCAGGACCAGCCCCACAUCCCAGGUGACCCCAGAGGAACCCAGGACCAGCCCCGUGGCACCGGUGACCUCGGAGAAGGCUGGGUCUGGCCCUACAGCACUGAUGACCCCAAAGGAGGCCAGAUCCAACCCCACAGCCCCAGCGACCCCGGAGGAGGCCGUGUCCAGCCCUACAGCRCCGCUGACCCUGGAGGAGGUGCGGAUGCUGGUGGAGCUCUUCUACCUGCCCUACCACCACGGGGCCCUGGCCCAGGAGCUCCUGGAGCACUUCCGAUGGCUGCGGGCRAACAGCCUCAGCGUGGGGGUCCCGGCCACGGCGCCCGACGCCUGCGGGGGCACGCGGUGGCGAGGCCGGGCUCAGUCGUUCCGGCUGCUCUGCGCGCRGACGUGCCGCCUGCACAGCCGCCUGGUCAGCACGGCCGGCCGGGCGCUGCUCUACGACCUGCACCCCUACCUCUGGGACAUCCGUAACCUGCUGCUGGCCGCCAGUGCCUUCGUCCUCUGGCUGGAUGGUCACCUCCUCUGYGACCCCGACCCCAAGGGCACCUGGGGGAGCUGCUUUGGCUGGUGCCAGAGCAUCACCGCCCCGAUGCUGCUGGGGAGGGAUGCAGAGCCCUGGGCACGGCGUGGGGGCCUCUUUGGAGAGCUGCAGGCACUGCUGCCCGURGGGAACAGCUGUGACCUCUUCUACCACCCACCCCCGCUGUUCCCAUCCAGCCAGCUGUACAUCCUGCGCCCGCUGCUGCCCCUGGACAAGGGAGAGCUUUACCGCCUGUGCCGGGAGAGUUUGGACUGCGAUCCCAAAGUGGCUGAGAUCCUCGUGGCYUACCCGGAUCUCCUUGGUGACAGGCUGCUGGGCAGCUUCCUCAGCUUGAGCCCCGAGUAUACCUUCGUGCUGGAGGAUGAGGGUGGCCCGUGUGGCUACGCRGCCGGAGCGCUCCACGCCGAGGGUUUCCUCCAGCAGCGAGACAGCAGCUGGCUGCCGGCCAUACGACACAAAUACCCCCCCGACCUGGGAGCAGGGGGGGCAGCGCUGGGACAGGAUGCCCUGGAGGAAGCGGUGCUCUUCUUCCACGCAGAGCCGCUGGCUGUGCCCCAGCCCGUGCUGAGGCGUUUCCCCUCGCUGGUGCAGCUGGGCACGGCSCCCCGUGUGCUGGACAUCGGGGCCAGCCGCAGCCUGGCCCUGUGCCUGCUGAGCGCACUCAGGGCUAACGGCUCGCGGGGAGUGUUCUGCCAGGUCAGUGACGCCGACCGCCAGCAGCUGAGCUUCUACAGCAAGCUGGGCUUUGUGGCCCUGCCGGUGGCCUGGGGCAGCUCUCCCGGCGCUCAGCUCCUGGGACGUCUCCUCUGAYGGGGCACGGGAAGGCAGUGCCCMGGGACAGGCUGGCCCCCCAUGCCAGGCUGGUCCCAUAUCCCACACAGCAUCAUCCUGAGCA